UGAACUGUUGGGAAUUCCACCAGGAAGUAUAAUACAUUGGACAUUAAGGAAGUCGUUAUCUUUCUCAGCUAUCUUUCAAGAAAUGGAAGACUGUACAAAUGAAUCCUUACUUUUGUCAAAAACACUUGAUGCACUCGAACUUUCAGAGGAACAUGUUCGUUCAAAGGUGUCAAUGUUUUCGAGGCUUGAAGUUUUAGCAAAUGCAGUAGAUUAUCAACCCGACUACCAGAAUACAAUUCUAACAGGGAGCAUAAUGGAUGGAGUUGGUUGGAAAGGAUACAUGACAGAUAUUGAUACGAUGUUGCGUUUCUCUUAUGUGUCUUUAAAGGAGAAGGAACAAAAUGUAGAUGAUGAAAAUAAAGAUCAUAUUUUUGAAUUAGCAGAUGAAAAUGCCCAUUCAGGUUACACGCGACUACGGCUUUAUAAAGAAGGGCCACCAAUGGAAAACAACAUUUUCUCUCUGACACCCAAUGGAGCAAAAUCUUAUUGUUGCGAGGAAGAAGGUAAUUUCUUUCUCUCUUCUUACAAAUUCAAAACGGCUUUCAACAGGUACCAGCUGAUUCCAGAGCGACCUGCUUGGGUGAUGCAAAGUUCAUAUAACUAUGCUGUGUCAUUUCCAGACGAGGAGGAAAUCUUAGAACACGGACCUUCGCUUUGCUUUUCUGAUGAAACAAAAGAAGAACCUCUCCAUGAUUCUGUUCCUUGCUUCCAUUUUCAUGAUUGGCCAAGACAGGCAACUGAAUGGAAAACGCGACUGCCUAGAAGUUGGCCGAUACAAAAAGAUGUCGAUUUAGUUGUUUCAAAAGGAUGUGAAGUUGUCCCAGUCGGCUUUCUUGGAAGUAAAACUCGUCAUUUGGAAUGGAGGCUAUCAUUUGCUUUGUCUGAACGGGUACUGUUACGAACAUUUAGCAACAUACAAUAUAAGUGUUAUGCGCUUCUUAAAAUGCUUUUAAAAGAUAUUAUUGCCGAAGAGGUUCCAAAAGUGCUGUCAUCAUUCCACAUGAAAAACGCCUUAUUCUGGGCUUUAGAAAAAGCAGAAAUUGCUAUCUGGUGUGAGGAAAGGAUUACAGAUGCCUUCAUGACGUGCGUGAAUCAAAUGCUAAAUUUCAUACGAGACGGACAUGAACCAGCUUAUUUCGUUCCAGAAAAUAAUGUUUUAGAUGGGCGCAUGAAUGCAGAUGAACAACGCAAAUUAGUGGAUUUGUUUAGUGGUUUUGUGAAAGAAGGUUGGAAAUGUUUGCUACGUUGUAAAUCGUUGACAACUGAACCAAAUAUAAAAGAAAUACUUCAGCAAUACACCUGCUCCAAAGAUAUAAGUACAGUCCUACAAGAUUUGCAUGACGUGGAUGUUAAAUCUGUGUGGUUUCAGCAUGACAUUAGACUCUUUCCUCGGUUUGAAGACGCAAGACUAGAAAUCAUGACGACAAUAGCACCCAUAGUAGGUGAAUCCUUGUCCAUGACAAUAGCCCGCCAUCACAUGACGCUGAAACGUCUGGACGAUAGAUCAGUUAAUGAAUUUUACAGGAAAACACUUAAACCGAUUAAAGCUGCCAUUAAAUCUAGUUUAGGAUUCCACCUUUUUUCGUUGAACAAUGCGCUAUUACAUUCAAAUUCGUCCAAUGAACAAACUCAUAAUUAUCUUCAAGCAGCAUCAGAGUUUCUCAUUGAAGGUAUGGAAUCAGAUGCAGCGGCUGGUAAGCUGAAAUACGCUACCUACUUGUACAUGACUGGCGGGACUGAUAACUGCAAGAAGAUGGCAGAAGAGAUCGUUGCAAAUUCCAAUCGGCUCCCAGCAUUUGUACCACAAUUUUUGCCGGACAGAUUUGGGCCAACAGAUAAAGAAAUAGAAGACUAUGAGUUUUUUGUUCGGUCAAAUAAUAUGACACUAGAGGAAAGAUUUCUUAGCUCCAUCCAUCAAGCCGUUGUUUUUAUGCCAACUGAGUCUUCAAUGUCGCCUCCUGCGGUGAAAUUUCAACUUCAAACACCACUUCCCGAACCUUUGGAGUAUACUCCAUGGCUUAGCUGGGCGCUGUAUGAUCCUUUGGUAUAUGCCUACUACUUGUUAUUUCUCUGUGAAACAAAGAAUGACAAGACAUCUGCUGCUGAAGGUGCAUUGGAAUCAAUUGAAAAACUGUUAUCCGAACGACUAGUUGGUUAUGAGAUAUCUGCGUUGAAUUUACUCGGAUUUUCGUACAUUUCGAUAAACAAUGUCGAAAAGGGUGUUCAAUUUCUUUUACAAGCCAUGGGAAAAGCAAUAAGUCCAAAUUCGACAGUUUGGCAAAUGGGAAGUACUCUGUCUUCUUUACUGGAAGGACCAUUUGCAAAAACAAGAAUGGCAACAAAAAUCAUGAGUCUCUUGUAAAGAUGCUAUUACCGACAUCAAAGGAUCUUAUAUAAUGUUUUAUCAGGGUACUGAAAACUUUUAAGUGAGUCAUUUUAAUUCGAACUUAGUUCCAAUCAUCUAUGUUAAAUAAUGUUUUACAACUUUAACUUUAUUAAAUAAACUCAGACACAAUAACUGCGCUACAGGAGCAUCAAUUAUACAAAGUACAUUAUAUUUACAGAUGACAGAAUGGGUAUAGAAAUUAUCUUAUUUAUUGAAUUUUAAGAUUUCAAGUUAUAAGAACAUAUACAAAUGUAGUACAGACAAAGUAAAUAUAAAUAGAAGCAUUACUGUAUAUAUAAAUAUAAGUGUAUUAACACAUAUUCAAAGGUA